AUGGAAUCGGUCGUUCUCAACCAUCCGCCAUCGACCCAUAGUGAUAGCUCCUACAACAUGCUGGGAGGCGCCGUCCCUUCCUCGGAAUCCGUCUAUCGACCAUCUUCACGCCAGUCCACCCGACCAUCAUCGAAUCUUGAGUCCGGUAGCUCCAUAUCAACCUCGUCUAACAAUACCCCCACCUUCACUGCCCCGCCAUCGGCAUCCACCACAAGUUCAGCCCGACUGCCAUCCCAAGAUGUUCCGGCCUACAUCAGCCGACCCUCUUAUACUGGCUCACAAUCAUCAUCAGAAUCCUCGACAGUCACCCCUGGACAGACACCUACCCCAGCUUAUACACAGCAACAGUCUGCACCAAUGAAUCCGCCCACAUCUGGCCACCCACCUCGAUCUGACCCCAGCCCCCGCUCUGCGACAUAUUUUUCCCAGCAUGGCAGUCAGUCAGGUACUACGACAGCAGCCAUCGGAGGGCCACGUACAGGUAGCCAGUCCUCUCCAGCUUCUCCGCAGUUGAGACCAACAUUGGAAUCCCUUCGAUCGCUGGGAGGCUCAGAAGUAAAUUCGCCCAGUCGCAUUAAGAUCCGCGAUUUAUCCCACAUUCAGAGCUUCGCCAGCGAGGAAUUCCUAGCCCAGUCGCAGAGAAAUCAAGGGCCUUGGGCCCAGGAGCGCCAGUUCGAGAUCAGUUCCAUGCCGGUCACGGAUAUUAUCGAAAUGGUUGCCGGGCUUUUGACCAAGAUCACCACCACCAACGAUUCACACCACGAGCAAGUCAACCGACAAAUCCCUCCUGUGGACGGGUCAAGCAAUUUAUCUCAACAAGCGCACAGCGUGCUCGCAUUCCACGGCAAAAAUGUCCCAAGUAUAAGUAUACUGAGCUAUCUAACCAGAAUUCACAAGUACUGCCCCACUACCUAUGAGGUAUUCCUCAGUCUGUUGGUAUAUUUCGACCGCAUGACGGAAAUGGUGAACAAAGGUCAAUUAGAGCGCCUGCGUCGUCGUUACACACGUACAGACGCGUUGCAGUCGGACACCCCAAUCAGACCCAGAUCUUCCGAAUCAUCCGUUACGCAACGGGCUCAUACUUCACCAAUGGUAACCCCGCCGCCUUCUGCCGGAAUUACAGCUCAAGAUCCGUCGUCAUCAUCGCCUAUUUCACCAGCUAUGAAUCCUCAAUCAGAGGACCAUCUCUCUCAUUUCUUUGUUGUUGAUAGCUUCAACAUCCAUCGACUUGUCAUCGCAGGUGUGACUUGCGCUAGUAAAUUCUUCUCUGACGUAUUCUAUACAAACUCGAGAUAUGCAAAGGUCGGAGGCCUUCCAUUAGCCGAGCUAAACCACCUCGAGCUCCAAUUCCUUCUACUAAACGACUUCCGCCUUUCGAUACCUGUUGAGGAAUUAGAAGCCUAUGGGACCAUGCUUGUGGAGUUUUACGCCCGAGAAAUCGUCACUCAGCAACAACAAUCCCAGCCCCAGGUAGGGCUAAGAGAGGGAUCCCAAUCCGAUGGAAUGUACAUGCGGGACACGCGGCAACCGGAGGUUCGCCAAACCAGCACGCCACCUUAA